UCAGAUAAUGUUUCUGUGUUACGUGCCCUAGUGGAAAGGGUGAAAAGGAAGGACGUUGAUCAGAUUCUAAAAACACUGUUGAUAUUGGCAAUCGACUGUGGAAAUGAGAAAAUAUCCAGCUUUUUGAUGGAUGAAAUGCACGGAAUGGGGGACAUGCAGCCAAUCUUUAAGAGUUUUCGCAGAAUCCUGUUAAUUCGGUGUCAUACCUGCGUUAAGACAACUGACAACAAAUCACAAUUUUUCGAGCGUGGUGCCGUGAAUCUGUUUACACAAUUGUGUAGCUAUGAAACAGAGUACUGUUCAGAGACUGAGGUGUACCUGGCAGCGGGCCAUCGCUCAGCAGGCAUCUUGAAAGAAAUUGUACACAGGGAUCCAUCUUGUUUGAAUGUCGACGAUGGAUGUGAAACCGUGCUACAUUCAGCUGCACGAUAUGGUUGUGUGGAGUCUGUUAAGUUUCUGAAAGAGAAUGGAUGUGACGUCAAUGCCAGCAACAAGCAGAAGCAAACACCACUACAUGUAGCUGCAGAAAAUAACCAGUCUCAGAUCAUCUCUUACCUGCUGUCUGUUGGUGCUGAUCUUGAUGUUGAAGAUACUGACGGCAAAACACCUUUGCACUUGGCAUCCAUAGCACAUUCCUCUGCUUCAGUGAAAGCAAUAAAAGAACAUAUAGAUCAAAUAAAAUCAUUAAAACAAUCGCCAAAAGCAAAGAAGCAAAAAAGAAAAGGAAAACAAGAAUCAAAAUACAAACGAUAUAAAAAAAACCAACCCAAAAACCCAUAAAGAGUCUGGAUUUAAGAUCGAUACUUAAAAAGAGACCAUGCAAAACAUCAGGUUUUGAUGGAAUUCUUAUUUACCGAGGGCCCAGGUUUAGAGUCCCAGAGUAAAUAAAUUGUCAAGACUGAACCAAAGUAAAACAAAGCGACAUGUGACUGGUGUCAGUAAGAGCAUAAACAGUAAAUAGGACAACUUGGGUUGCCCGUCCAUUAAACUGAUGACCUUAAAUGUGGAAGGUCUUGCAUCUAAAAUAGGUGACUCAGACUUUAUAAACUAUGCUUAUAAUUUCCAUAUUGUUAUUUUAACCGAAACAUUUAUUGACAGCAUUUAUGACCUAUCAGAUAUUUUCACAUCAUUUAUGAAAAUUAAUGCACCUGCAAAACAAUUAACUGGUACUACGAAAGGCAGAAGGUCAGCCACAGGUGGUGUGUUGAUAUUAGUUCAUGAAUCAAUUUUAGAAUAUGUUAUCAAAUUUGACAUCACAGGUUUUUGUUUCAAUAGUAAUACCAUUGUUCUUAAAAUAGAUAAAACUAUCUUACACAGUGUUAAUAAUAUGAUAUUAAUAGGUACUUAUAUUCCACCUAAAUAUUCCCUUGCAUAUAAUAAUGGAAAUAGUGGGGUUGAGGAAUUUGAAAAUAUAUUAUUGUCUCUACAUGAACAAUAUUUUGAUAAUAUAUUUGUAAUAUGUGGAUAUAUAAAUUGCAGAACAGCAGAUCUGCAAUCUAAAUGUGCAGAAGUAUCUGAUUAUGCUGAGGUAUAGAUGAUGAUGGGAGUGAAUCACACAAUGGCUGUCAUGACAGAAAGUCAGAUGAUAAGAUAUGUAAUGAUUUACAAACUACUUGAUAUGUGUAGCAACUGUUUGAUGGCUCAUACACAUAUAUUUCCCAACAGGAUUGUAGUAUGAUUGACUAUUUUCUGAUAUCAUUUAUGCAUAUUUCUAUUUGCUCUUCACUACAUGUAUCAUGUCCAAUAUGGUCUAAACAUUUACUAGUUGAAAUGACGUUGUAUGGUACUCCUAAAUACCCGGAUUAUUCUGAUAAUGAACAGAAAAAGUGUUAUGAAAAAAUUGUAUGGGAUGAUUCUAAGCUAAGGGAUUUUCAAAAGAAUCUGGAAAAUCAUGAUACACACGAUGAUUUUGUUAAGGCCUUAAGAUAUAUAGAAUGUGCUAAGUUUGAUGAUGCAUUGGAAAGU